AUGGCUAAUAUCCAGCAGAAGGCAGAGGAGGACUUCACGAAUGGAGACAAUAUCCAUUUCACAUACAAUGAGCAGCACGAACAGGAUGCAAACUCCAAUCCGGCAACAAGCAGUAAAAACAAGAAAAAGAAGAAGAAGAAGAAGAACAAGGGAACUACAGCAGCACUUCAGGAUGGCUCAGUGAAUGACCAGCGUGUCCCACAAUUGCAGCAUGCCAUGAUCAAUAACCCCGAUGAAGACUACCCUGAGUCAAGAGUGAUCAAGCAGGGGCCCAAUGGAGAUGUGAUAGUAGAGAGCUUAGAUCACCAGCACCAGCACAAUGAAGGACACAGCCAUAGCAAUAACAACGAUGAUUUCAAUCAGCACCAAGGUCAUAGUCACAGUCAUGGCCACAACCUUGUCCCAAAUCAAAGUGAAAUACAGAACAACCAGCAUCAAGACAGCUAUGGCUAUGGUAUACCUCACCCAAAUCCUGCCAACAUAUGGGACAACUCCACCCUUGAAGAACAAGAAGAUUUGAAGAAAUUUUGGGAGUCCCUUGACGAACCAGAGAAAAUGAAAUUGGUGAAGAUAGACAAAGACUCUAUAAUGGAAAUCUUCAAGAAUGAAACCAGGAAUGCCGUGGCGAACGGGCAUCUGAAUGGAUUCAGUGGUGCAUCCAACGGCAGUAGUAGUAACAUAGUAAAUAGUAAGAAUCAAGGUGGUAGCAAUUCUAAUGCAGCACAUCAUCACCAUGCCCAUAAUCAUCAUGGCCAAAGUCACAACCACCCUCACAAUGGAUCACAUGCGAACUGCCAAUAUUGCGGCAGGAAGUCCAAUAUCAUUGAAGAUGAAUUGGAAAACAUAUAUGACAAUCACUUUGAUGACAUUAUCGACUUUAUUCAUGAAGUGCGAGAUAUCAACGACUUGAAUGCAUUGCCAGGAUUGCUAUUUGGAGGAUUCCAUAUGUUAGAAGAAGAACAUAAGCUACAGAAACUUAAGGAAAGAGAACGGAGAAAGACAGAAAGAACCCAGAAGGUGAUAGAGGAGGAAGAAGAUGAUGAAGACAUUGAAGAAAUUGAAGAAGAUGAAGAAGAGGAAGAUGAAGAAGAAGAAGGUGAAGAACCGAAAGAGCAACAACUCGAAGAAAAGAAUGUAGAAAAGAAGGAAGAAAAAGCUCAAGAAGAAAACAUUGCAUUGGAACAACCAGAAGCGCUUUUAGCAAGACAAAUUGAAGAUUUACAUGUGAAUGGAAAACUUGAUUCAGGUACACUAAAGACAGAUCAACAAGCAAAUAAUGCCCCUUUUGUAGAUCGAUAUGACCCUAAAUUGUUCCAGGCUUUGGAAGACAUCGACUUUGAUAAAAUUCGUGAUGACAUGCUAUCCAACAUUUCCAACACUAAUGGAAAUGACUUUCUCGAAAAAGUAGGAUCUUUAAGAGAAAUAAUAAACCAAUUGCAUAAAUCUGAUAAAGAUGAACUUGAAAAGGGGAUGUCAUUUCUCCAAAGUAUGGGAACUCUAUUCAAUAAUCCGGAGAAACAACAGCUGUUGCAGGAACAACCCCAGCUGGAGCUGGAACAAAGAGUAACUCACGCAUCCCAAAAUGAAGCUCAAUCAGCUGACUUAACAAAAGGCUUAUCUAGUUUUGCGGAUGAUUUAUUGAAAAACGAUGGCUUAAAUUUCAUUGAAAUGAUGGAAACAUUAAGUGAAUGCAGAAAUAAAAGGGAUGAUUUAUUACUGUACAGAGAUGAAAUAUGGGUUGAUGAAGACGAGGAUGACCAGCGUGAAGAUGCCUUACAAGAAAUUCACGAUGACGAAGAAUUACAAGGAAACGGUGAAGAAGUCUACGGUGAAGAGGAAGAUGGUGAAGAAUACGAAGAGUAUGGGGAGGAGGAAGGUGAAGAUAACGAUGAACAUGAACAUGAACAUGAUCAUCAUCAUGAUUGUGGUCAUCAUCACGACCACGACCACGACCACCAGCAUAGUCAUGAUCAUCACAAUGAUCAUGGAGAGGAAGAAUAUGAGGAUGAAGAUGAAGAAGGUUCCCUUGAUGUAUCUGAUACCGAAUCUGAAAUCUCCGAAGAAGAAAAAAUGCAAGAGAUUCGUAGACUAUUCCUUAUUCAGGUUAUUAAAUUAUUCCAAGAGAGACUUAAAAGUGCCUACAAGGAAAAACUUUCUCAAGAUCGUACUCAAAAGCUCAUCGAAGAGCUUGAAGCUGAAGAAAAUGCCAAAAAGGAAAGAGAAAUGAAGAAAUUAAAACAAAAGGAAAAGGCAAAAGAAAAGAAAAGACUCCAACAAUUAGCAAAGGAGGAAGAGAAGCGUAAAAAGGAAGAAGAAGAUAGAGCCAAAGAAGAUGAAAUUAAAAGGAAGCAAGAAUUUUUGAAAGAGGAGCAAAGGAAGAAGAAGGAAGAAGCAAGAAUAAAGAGAGAAGAAGAAAAGAAGAAAAGAAUUGACGAAUUGAAACGUAAAGAAGCUGAACAACAGAAGAGAAUUGAGCUUCAAAGGAAAAAGGAGGAGGAAGCACGUAAAGUCAAAGAAGAAAGGAAAAAGAAGGCCGAAGACUUGAAGAAAAAGAAAGAUGAAGAAAAGAAGCAAAGGGAUCUUUUAAAGAAGCAGAAGGAAGAAGAAAGAGAACAGAUGAGAAAGGAGCAAGAGCAACGAGAUGAAGAAUUGGAAGCUGAAAGCCUACUUAAAGAACAAAGUGCCGUGGUUGAAAAUGGAAUUUUAAGAGAUGAACCUUCUAAAUUACUAGAUCAUCCUACAAUACCGACCAGUAACUCAACGAAUCACUUACUUGAGCAGUUGUAUCAUGCUAAACCAAGAAGCUCUAGUUCUAGUUUCGCAAAUGGCAGCGUUUUGCAUAAUAAUUUGACUUCACCAACUCCUCAUCAUUUGCCAACUGCUGUAGGCGGGUGGAACACUGAUGAAAUAAAGAUUGCAACUCCUGUCAUGAAUCUGCACAUUCCGAUAUCUCAAAAACAACAAUCACAGCAGCAGCAGAAUGUUCCUCUGCAGUUUCUGCAACAUACACAACAAGGGCAAGCACAUCACCAUCUUCAUCAACAACCUGUUGUGCCAACCUCAAAUAUCCUCCUUGGAAACUCCUUUUUGCAUUCCAGUAUCCCGACUAUGGAAAACUCAAUCAAUUCUCCAGGAAACCCUCUCUUCACAGACUCAUACUCUGUCAGUAUGCAACAGUUGAAUAAUUGGAACGGGACCAAUGUCACUGUUGAUCAAAAGGCCACCACUCCUGUUCCAACUCCAUCUAGAAAUAGUUCUAUUUGGGGUAGCACCUCGGGAAGUUUGUGGCAGAAUCAACUGCCGCAACAACCUCUUCAACAACCCCCACUCCAGCAGACUCCACUUCAACAAACUCCACUUCAACAACAAUCCUCUGUACCUGAUGUAGACAUCAUUCAGUCGAGGGCCUACCAAGCGUUCCAAAUACUUCAACAGACACAACAGCUUGAGUUUGGGGUAGCACCGAGUAUAAAGCUUUUCCAAACCACAAAGAAUAUCUUAGGAAAUUCCGAGUUAACUCUUAACCAAUUCCUUCUCGCAUGCAGCAACUCCAAUGGAAUAAAUCGUUUUGACUUUAUUUACGAUGAUUUUGGAACAGUCAGGCAUAUUAAAGUCACUGGCCCAGGACAAGCUGCGAGUAAUGGUAUGAAUUCAAGCAACCACAAUCUCCUGCAACAAGGGUCACAUGUUUCACCUGUUUCUGGACACAACAAUAUUAUAGGAAACUAUGGCGAAAUCAAUCCUUUUGCUAAUUCAGGAAAUAGAGGGUUAUGGAAUUAA